AUUACUGCACUGAAAAUAUUCUUUUUCUUGAGCAGCUAAUAUAAUAACCUGCUUAAGCCUCCCUACAUAUAUACAUUCACACACAGUUCUAAAUUUGAACCAAAACAACAAAAACUCCAAACCCCCCCUCCAAUCUCCUCUCCUUCUCGACCCGAUCGAUGGAGACCAAGGCAGCUUAUGACAGGAGUUUCUCCAAAAACUACAUGUUGCUGUCUCAAGAACAAGCAAGUCUCAUUGAUCUCAUUCGAGUCUUGUUCAACAGUGACUUAGCCAAGAGGAAAUUCAUUGAGUGCCCUGCUGGGACUGAGCAGAGCUUCAAAUACAGAUGGCUCAUAGUUGUGUCCAUCUUGGUUCUGAAGAUUCUUCAAGCUGUGUCUAAGCCAUUGGCAUGGUUCGGGUCUGUUGUGGAGAUAUGGCUCAACCUUCUCUCCAGCAACCGCAAUUUUGGUGUGCUGAUUUUGAAUUUCUUCCGAGGGAGGGUGGUGAAGCCGGAUAAAGAUUCAGCAACGUUCUUGUCAUUUAUAGGGAAUCUAGACACGAGGGUGGAGUUAGAUAAAAGCAUCAAACAUGGUGAUUGCAGAUACUAUGCUGCACUCUCUAUGAUGGCUUCUAAAGCAUCUUAUGAGAACAGAGCCUAUCUCCAAUCUACUGUCACAGAUCACUGGAAGAUGGAGUUCUUAGAUUGCUUUGAUUUUUGGAAUGAGUACCAAGACAAAGCAACAACACAAGCCUUCAUGCUUCGGGACAAGAACGUCAAUCCGGAACUCAUCGUCGUAGCCUUCCGAGGAACCGAAACCUUCGACACAGACGCAUGGUGCAGCGACUUCGACAUCUCAUGGUACGAGCUCUCCGGCAUAGGCAAAGUCCACGGCGGCUUCAUGAAAGCUCUCGGCCUCCAAAAACACACGGGUUGGCCCAAAGACGUCCAACGAGCCGACAACCAACCCGACUUGGCCUACUACGCCAUUCGAGACUUGCUAAGAGAGCUUUUAGGGACAAACAAUCAAGCCAAGUAUAUAUUAACCGGUCACAGCUUGGGUGGAGCGUUGGCGAUACUGUUUCCAGCAGUUUUGGCAUUUCAUGAGGAGGAGUGGCUGUUGGAGAGGUUGGAAGGGGUGUAUACUUUUGGACAGCCGAGGGUUGGAGAUGAGAAAUUUGGGGAGUAUAUGAAAGAGCAGUUGAGAAAUUUUAAUGUUGGGUAUUAUAGGUUUGUGUAUUGUAAUGAUAUGGUGCCUAGGUUGCCUUACGAUGAUAACACUCUUAUGUUUAAACACUUUGGGACGUGUGUUUACUUCAACAGCUUCUACAAAGGCAAGGUGGUUACAGAAGAACCAAACAAGAACUACUUUUCACCACUGUCAGUGAUACCCAAGAUCAUAAAUGCUUUUUGGGAGCUGAUUAGAAGCUUCAGUAUUAGAUACACAAAGGGACCAGAGUACAAAGAAGGGGGUGUUCUUCGUGUUCUCCGGUUAAUCGGAUUGGUAAUUGCAGGUGUUCCAGCGCAUUCACCUCAAGAUUAUGUCAAUUGUACCCGUUUGGGAUCCUCGGAUGUUUAUCUUCCUGCAGUUCAGGACCCCUCAAACCAUCAACAGAGCAUUUGAUGUUGAUUAAAUUAAUUGAACUCGUUGUCAAUUUCAAUUACUUGCAAGAGUGACAUUAUUUCUUAAUUUUGUGUCAAGGGUUGGGCUUUGCAGAAGUUGAAAUGUCCCAACAUAAUGUUUUUGCAGUAGGUUUUUGGUGUUUUGGAGAAGUGAAUGCCUCAAGUUUUGAAUCUUGCUACUCUGACUAGAAGCCGUUUGAUUGAAGAAAGAUUGUACCGGGAAGAAAAUGUCAGAAAAAUAUUAUGCAAUUAUACAAAAGUUAAUCAA